GAUACCCAUGGCGCUCGUUGGAGUGCGCAAGCGGGGAAAUUUUGCGAUCAUAUAGAAGACUUUCACGUUUAUCGGAAUAUCACCACAAUGUCUGUUUACCAGACAAAAAGCCACGUCGACAAGAAUGUUUCCAUGAUACUCAGUAAGCUGAAAACCGAAAAGGAGAGAAACUCCAGAGGUUUGAUAAUUGCCAGGCAGUAUUAUGAAGUAAAGGAAUAUGAGAUGGCAAAGAGGUAUUGUGCUCUCUACCUCACGGUCAAGGAGCAGUAUGCCCCAGCUCACAAGUUGAUGGGUCAAAUCCAUGAAGCUCUAGGACAACUGGACAGGGCAGUGGCUUGUUAUAAGAAAUGCCUUGAAUUGGAUGGAGCACAGAAAGAUUUAGUUCUGAAAAUAUGCCAGCUAUACAGCAAACUGAAGGUAGAUCCAGAUGUAGCAAAAUAUUGGGCUGAGAGAGCAGAGAGGCUAUUCCCAAACCAUGAAGCUAUAUUUCAACUUAAGGAGCAGAUCCACAUGACAAAUGGCAAUACAGCACAUGACUUGGAAGAUUUAUUGGCAGAGGAACUUGCUAAACGUCCAACAGAUGUAAAACUUCGCCUCAAACUUCUGAAGCUGUAUCAGGGAAACUGGAGAAUCAAUGACGCCUACCAACACGCCAUCUCGGCAGAGAAGACAGGGGCCUACAACAGCAGUUUGGAGUGGUAUACUCACCUCGUGAACCUGUUCCAGGCCUAUAAAGAACAGGCUAAUGUGGACGCCAUGUUUUACGUCAACUACCUGAGCGCCCUUAACAACUUAGUCACCCUCAGCAUGGGACACAGAAAUGUAGCUGACUGUGCAGAAGCUUUAUAUAG